UUCAACAGCAGGUGACCUAGUCUAGAUGUAAUAUUCCUCUUGGUCUCUUAGUUCCUCAAAAAGCCUUCUGGAACCUUGAAAAAUUGCGUUUACAAGGUUAGGGCAAAUUUGUGUUAUUUAAAAUAUAUAUUAUUGCCAUCAAUGUAUAGCCUGAUAAAACGGCAAAUGACAGCUUAAUUAUGAUAAUUAAAAUAAUCUAACGAACAGGAUCUGAGUUGCAGUGUGGGGUGUGGUGUGUGUGUGCCAAAUGUAUUGAUUAAAGUAACAGGCUACUAUAAAAUCAUAGUCCAGAACAGACUCAAGUUAAUACGUGAAGGAGCCUAUAAGCCUGUGAGUGCAUGAGAGGGAGUGGUCCUCGUAUUUACGCUCAUGUGAUUGUGUUUGACCUCGCCGUAUCUCUACGACUGUGAUUGUUCCGGACAGUUUCAGGUUAGAUUAGUUUUCUUCUGUGCAGUUUGCGUUCCAGUGCCCCCAGUGGUGUGUGGGGAGCAGUGACUGCUGCGCGUCCCAGGCCAGUUUAUACCAUAGGAGACUGUACAGGUUUAUACCAUUCUUGUAUUCUGGGUUUAUACCUGUCUAUUAGAGCCAGGGUUCAAACCAAUUGUUUCAUUGAUGAUCUGUGAUAGUUUCACAUGGUUCUCUCUAAAAUAUACCUAUUUCCAUCUUUUGUUCUAAGUAGAGACAUGGAUUCGUACUUCCUAAACCGUAUUUAAAUUUAUUUUUCAGUAUUGUAUUAUUCCAACGUACUAAUUCAUUAGUUAUUCUAGUCUUUCAGUGUUCUUGUGUAUACGUCAAUGCUUCUUUUCAUUCAACUCCUUCCCUACACACACACACACACACACACACACACACACACACACACACACACACACACACACACACACACACACACACACACACACAUACAAGAUCGUUUAUUGUCAUAUACACAAUGGAAACAUAGUUUGCACUGGGCAAUGGAAUUCUUAAUUUGCAAGUUCCCUUCACACAAAAUAUGCUUAAAAUAAAGUAGAUAACUAAACUAGGUGCAACACACACACACCUGAUAGACGCUUACAUCUUGUUCCAAAGUACAAUGAAAGCGUUUCUUUAUUGGUGUUAUUAGGGGUGUAAGGUUAGGAAAGGCCUGACUCAGUGGCUUGCCUUAUACCAAUAAGUUAUCCCCUUAUCUCUCUGUGCAAACAGCUGAUCCCUGAUUACAUUGGAAUGCACCCAUGCUCCAUUGGCUUCAGAUGAGGUCAAUAAAACCGUGUCCUUCUGCUUAGUGUAGGAAGUCUAUUAUCAGGUCUGCUCUCGUACUGAUAUAUAUACCGGUCUUAACUUUGUCUGAUGUCCCUGCGUUGUGUUCCUCAUGGACUGCUAAACACAGUUUGUGAAUGAGGCUGUUUGCUUAGCGCUGUGUUUCCUCUGGUGUCUGACCGGUCUCCGUCGGGUGGCGGUAUGUGGGACGUGUUGUCGUGAGCUGGGCUCCUCCACCCAGUUGUCUCCACCCUGUGGUGGAAGCCUUCCCAUGUGUUUGUGUUCCUUGGCCCUGCAGAGUUUUUCAGGAGUGGAACUGUAAUCACCAGCACCACAAUAUUUAGUCUGGGAACUCAUGGUUUACCUCCGGUCUGAACGUGAUAUUCAAUCAAGGGUGGUUUUACGGGAACAUUUUCAGGAUUCAUAAGGUCUGGCAUGAAGUAAUCCAUAAACCACAGGUCACGGCGUAGAAUUAUAUUAUCGACGUUAUGCAACCAAAGAACUUCGACGAGCAAACACACACACUCACAGAUUUAACCCUUUCGAGGUCAGAACCUCAUCAUAUCCAUCUCCAUAUUUCAUGUCCUUCCCUGCCAUGUGGGAGUUACAGCAGUCCAAUGUAAACAAGCUGUCCCAAGUGGUUUAACACAUAACAGAAUCAGGUACAUAAUAAAGUUAAACUGGAAACAAAAUGAUAUGUCUGCUUGCACAUGACACCAUUGGGCCGAUAAACUUUUAUUAAACAUAUUGGCAACUUUAAAUGAAAUAAGCAUUCUUGCUUCAAAAAGUAAUACGAUUACAAUUUGAUAAUAAAACUCCACCAACUAUCUACGUGUGUGUUGUGUGUGUUUCCAGACAAAGUUGAAAAUUACAAAUUAAAACUAAUCAAGCUGUUUUGGCACACCCACCAUCGUCCAGAAUGAGGUUUAUUUUCUCAGGUACAUUGGGGAUUUCAUCAGAGUUGUCAGACUACAGACUUGUGUUAGGGAGCCUGGUUUCUCCCUAGGCCACUUAAAGCCAAGCUGCUAAGCUUCAAAUCAUAGUGUGGACCUCCCAAAAUACAUCAACAGAGAAUUAUGAGAUUCACUGCAUUUAGUUCAUAAGGAAUAUAACUGUUAGCAGCUGACACACAAAGUGUUUGACUGAUGAAACAGUGUUAGUAAAGGGUGUACACAGACCCAAAAAUAGUGUUUACAGGUGCUUUGUUUAAUUAAAGCUUUAACUGAAUUGUUGACGUUGUUGUGUUGUUACUUUGACAGCCCGUUCUGGGAGUGGGGAAAUGCCCAUGUUUAGUAUACUUUCAAAAUUACAGACCAUAAGUUCAGUCAGUUCUUGUAUAGGAUUUGGUCGUUUGACGGUUAUUUGUCCAACUUUAAAUGAUGAUCAAGGUGUACAAUCCUUUUAAAUCCAAAAGUCAAAGACUUUGAAAAAUUAUCCUUCCAAAAAAACAAAUCUACCCAUUUGAGACGUUCCACGUGGGCGUGUGUGUCUGUGUGUGUGUGUGUGUGUGCGCGCGUGCGUGCGCGUGUGCGUGGUGGUCUCUGCUGCCAUAUGGUUCCCAGAAUAGCAGAUAGGACGGAUAACGAUGGCUCGGGAGGUGAAGUGGUUCUUAGUGGUGGCUUAGGAUCAACAGAGCCACCGCUGAUCCUGUUAUCUCCAUCAUCACCGCUGAAGGAGGCCCUGCUGGUUUGGUGUGUAGAGCAAGGCCAGGAGGGCCAGAGCAGACCAUCCUGACCGCACAGUGGGUGAUCUGAAGGGGUUUACUUGCUGAGCUCUCUGUAACGGGCCCUGGGGUCCAGCCCACAAUGGUGCUGAUCCACUGUCAGAACCAACCUGAUUAGUUCAAUGAUAGAGUUCACAUCAACCACCACAGUCAAGUUAGUUUUUUAUACGGCUUUCUUUCCUUUUACAUCCAACAUACAUAAUAUCCAACAUACAUGUCUGUUAUGUAAGGGCAUAUUAGCCUCCUCACACUCAAUGGAAGAAAGUGUGUCCCUCUAAGGCCCAUCUUUCAGACCACAUGACGUUCACACCUCCUGUCUGCCUUAUCCAGGUCAGGAUGCCCCCCACCACACCUUACGCCGGUAAGUUCGGCCCCUGCAGCGCCUACAACAGCAACAACAACCACCCCCCUCCACCCCGCAGCCCCUACCGCCAGAACAACAACCACAACAACAUCACCUCCAGCACCCGGCCCUGCAAGGACGGUCUCUAUGACAACCAGGCCCCCGCCCGGGCCUGCAAGGACGGUCUCUAUGACAACGCCCCCGCCAGGCCCUGCAAGGACAGUCUCUAUGACAACGCCCCCGCCAGGCCCUGCAAGGACGGUCUCUAUGACAACCAGGCCCCCACCAGGUCCUGCAAGGAUGGUCUCUAUGACAACGCUCCCCCCAGGCCCUGCAAGGACGGUCUCUAUGACAACGCCUACACCGCCACCGAAAACCCCUACGACAUCCCCCAGCCCUGCAGCCCCCACCGGACCACCGCCACCACCACCAAACACCACGUCUACAACCCCGCCCCCGCCAGCCCCGUCACGGAGAACCCCUACAGCACGCCGCACCCUGUGCCCGGUGCGCGAUACCACCACCACCACAGCAGCAGCAGCACUUCCUGUAGCGGGCGGCUGUACCGCAACGCUAGCAGCAGUAGCAGUAGUGGCGCCGGCGAGCGUGACCGCUAUCGGAACGCGUCAAACAGCAGCGCAGGCAGCGACCAGUCCUACAGGAGCAACAGCGGGGGGCCCGCCGACCCCAAGGAGGGCCGCUUCGGCAACGGCAUCACCGCCAGCUACGGGGAGAUGUGUUACCACGACAACAGCCUGGUGUCGGGUUCCCUUGAGGCUCUGAUUCAGCACCUGGUGCCCACGGUCGAUUACUACCCCGAUCGGUCAUAUGUGUUCACCUUCCUGCUCAGCUCCCGCCUCUUUCUCCACCCCUACGAGCUGAUGAGCAGGGUGUGCCACCUGUGUGUGGAGCAGCAGAGGUCUGGGGACCCCCUGCUUGACAAGAUCCGUGUCUGCGAGGUGGCCCCCAAGCUGGUCCAGCUGCUGACGGAGUGGACCGAGACCUUCCCCUACGACUUCAGGGACGAGAGGAUGAUGCGCUGCCUCAAGGACAUGACGCACCACGUUGCUAGGGGCGACGAGUAUUCGUGGCGGGCCAUGCAGCAGAUGACUCAGCGGCUGAUCAAGCGCCUGUCGGCCCUGGGUCAGUACGAGGAGGCAGUGGCCGCGCUGAGCGCAGUGGCAUUGGAGCGCCCCGCCUCGCUAAAGAACAAGCUGACCUCCGCCCAGCGCGCGGAUGCAAUGAGCGUGUGUGACGACCCCUUCGUCCUCGCCCAGCAGCUCACCCACAUCGAACUGGACAGACUGAGUUUCAUCGGCCCAGAGGAGUUCAUCCAGACGUUUGCGCUGAAGGACCCUCUGGAGAACCACAAGGGAUUCUUCCGGAAGAGGAAGACCAGUAACCUGGAGGCGUACGUCAACUGGUUCAACAGACUGAGCUACCUGGUGGCCACAGAGAUCUGUCUGCCGGUGAAGAAGAAGCACAGAGCACGUGCGAUCGAGUUCUUCAUCGACGUGGCCCAGGAGUGCUUCAACAUCGGGAACUUCAACUCCCUCAUGGCCAUCAUCACUGGUAUGAACAUGAGUCCUGUGUCUCGUCUGAAGAAGACGUGGAGUAAAGUCAACACAGACAAGUUUGACAUUCUGGAGCAUCAGAUGGAUCCCUCCAGCAACUUCAGUAACUACCGGACCGCUCUGCGCGGGGCCACCCAGAGGUCAGAGACCGCCCACAGCAGUCAGGAGAGGAUUGUGAUCCCGUUCUUCAGUCUUCUCAUUAAAGAUAUCUACUUUCUCAAUGAGGGCUGCGCUAGCCGGCUAACCACCGGGCACAUCAACUUUGAGAAACUGUGGGAGCUGGCGAAGCAGGUCAGUGAGUUCCUGGUGUGGCGCCAGGUGGUCUGCCCCUUCCAGCGGGACCGCCGCAUCCUCCAGUUCCUCGUCACCUCGCCGGUCUUCAACGAGGACGAGCUGCACCUGGCCUCCUAUGAGAGCGAGGGGCCAGAAAACCACAUGGAGAAGGACAGUCGCAGGUCCCUCAGGUCCUCUCUGCUUCAUCGGGAGAAUCGGUCCUAGAGUAAACGUAGAUGUACACAUCAAACACCCCUCUGAAGGGGGGAGGGGCCAAUGAAUCAACCCAUCUUACAGUCAGAUGAAAAGUGUUCAGUACUGCCAUUGGUUAACAGAAAUGGGACAGUAGGCCUAUGUGUGUAGUUACGUAUCAUCACAGCUUGAUAAAAUAUAAUUUUUUUAUAUUUCAUGUCAGUAAGGUGGCAAAAUGUUUAUCAGGAACCAUUCAAUUAGUUUUCCUUUUUAAAUUCAAAAUCCUUAAAUGGUAAUACUUAUAGUAACCGGUGUUAUGAUACACACUACUUUACUAAAACUGCCUGCAGUACCUAAUGAUGUCUUUUUUAAGCUAAAGAAGUGUUACAACUCUAAUCGUGAAGUCAAACUUGUGACAACGAUGUGCUUUGAACAACCUUUCUGUGAGGUUUAGUAAAGUAGAACCAAAAUGGCCACCAGCUGCCUUGUCAUGGAGUGCUUGAUAUUUUUUCUGCCUUAUUCGGAGCAGUUUGUUGCGCUCAGGUCGCGUCACUGAUUAAUAGGACGCAAACGUAUUAUCACGUUCUGGUAACACUCUUGCGUCACCUGGAGGAAAUGGUUUAGUAUUCAGGAUCUUGACACUAUUUGUUAGUCAGGGUAUCUUGUUUUGAGUGGGUCUGGCAGACUAGAAGGAAACAAUGUCACAAACGUUUUAUAAAUUGUUGUGGUGUUAUUCAUGAUUUCCUUUAUUUCUCUACAACCUGGAUAGUUAGGGUUCGGUCGAGUCUUUGCGAAUCAGUGGUUAUUUGUGAUUAGAUGUCCUCUGUGGGAAAUGAACCCAGUCGGCACCAGAGCACUUCAGUACAGACGUGGUGUGUGUGGUUAUUUCAGGUUGUGAGGCCCCUCUCUGAAGGCGCCGUGCAGUAUUAACAUCGUAUGGUGUAACCAUGGCUUUGUUUUGUAUAUUAUCUGGUGGUUAGGAGCUUGUUGCUGGUUAGCUUGCUCUGGUUCACCAACUCUAACGUCUGUGCUGCUUUAUUACGAAACCUCAAACUUCUCAUCAUCUCAUCUGCGACGGUCGCUGACCUCGCCGGCUCGCCCCCUUCGGAAUAAGCCUGUACAAAAUGUUUUAUUUUGUCAUGUUGAAGUGAUCUAAGUUUUCUUCUUUCAGACUUUCAAAUGUAUGUGUUUUUUGUAUGUUUUUUGUGUAUCGUGGCCCGAUCUGGGUUUUCUCACUAAAGCUCUCUGUGAAAAUGAAAUUCUAUAUAUUUUUUCUUUCAAAUAAACGGACUGAAAAUGUAGUUGUUGUUUUUGUGCUUCGUUGAGAUUCAGGUUCACAAAUGUGUUGCAUUUCUUGCAUUUUCCAAAAGGUCUGAACUCUAUCUUUAGAUGGAGGACAUUGACAUGCAGGACUUUCCGUUAUUUCCACAGUACAGUGUAUUAAUAAAAAAUAACAUUUGAGAUAAUCUGAAUCCUACUUCCUGGAAACCUUUUUUCAAGUAAUAAGUAUACAUAUUAAAGGCAUUACUAACAACUAAACAACUUUUUGAAUACGAACAUGUAUUUAAAAUGAAUAUGAGGACCGGGAAGAGAGCGGCCAGUUGUUCUUGUUGCUGAGCGACAGUGUCCACACUGAACAAACCCUUCAGACUAGCCUAGCCUCAUAUCGAACCCUUUGUUUUUUCCUUUAACAGGAAUGGGAUUCAGUGCAUUGCAACAUUCGUCUAAAUUGCAACCGAUUACAAGAGCAAUGCAAUCAAAUGCUUUGGUUCGUCUUUUUACUUACUUAGUUAUACUAAGCCUAUGGCCUCUACUCCUUUUAAUGUUGAAAUUAUUUUCAAUGAAAAGGGAAGAUCUCCCAGCUGCUCCUCUGCUGCUCUGGUUAAGCUCACUGAACACGUGCCUUCACUCCCCUCAUCCAAAU